AGCAGUGGUCACGCCCUGUUUCACAUCACACCGUCGCCGCUGAUUGUAUUCCAUUCCGAUUCAUUUCGAUUGGCAUCAAAAGCCCCCCUUUUGUAAUAGCUGGCUGCUCGCGCGCUUGGUUGAUUGCGCCUAAUCGCUUUCACCCCUCGAGGAAUCAGUGCAGCAACGUGAGACAACCCCUUCGCAGCUAGCCCAGCAAUGUAAAAAGAAAACCUCACGAAAUGCCUGGACACAACCUUGAUUAUCGCACGAAUCUGGACUUGAAAAAGAAAAAAAGAACACAAAAUAAUAUGGCUGCAAGAACCUAACCCAACUGACGUAACGCGGAUUGUAUAACGUAUAAAUACGGGAGGAAGAGAAGGGUGUACACCGCAGAAGGCGCUCAGAGUCGGCCGUUGCUGGAACAAGUGUCCAAGAGCUCAGCACCAGUCCCAACAGUCCAGUGCCUUUUUCUUCCUCAUCAUUUUGUUUUCAGCUCGUGAUAGUAUGGAGUUACGGUGGCUGAUUGGAGUGUCCGUUAUGGGCCUGCUGCUGACCGUGGCCACCAGCCAGAAAUAUCCGCAGCAAAAGUCGCCCGGUUAUCCCAACGAACGGAUCCCGCCUGCUAGAUAUUAUUCGGAUCGGCCCAUUACGCAAGAUGACUAUCUUCCCGUCAAGCCCGUCUAUGGCUCUAAUUUUCACGAGGAAGGAAAUGAUUACAAAUAUCCCAGCAGCCAUUUGGCCGCCGGAGGAAGUUACAACAAAUACCCGCCCAAGGAUUACAAUGUCCCGUUGAGUUAUUGCCCAGAAGUUGGCGGUUUGGAAUCGCAUUGCCGCCCGGCAAAAGACUGCGCCGUGUGGUACGACCUCGUUCGGAAGACUCCCGGAACUUCCUGCACGCUAGAAAACGGACAAGGCAAAGGCAUCUGCUGUCCCGAUCUGCCCUACAAUGGCCGUCAUGGGGUGCCGUUCGCUAAGCUGAGCUCGUGCCCGAAAGGCCUCCAGUUGGACCAUCACCUUGACCGAAUCAACGUGAUGUCGGUGAACGAAGCCGUCCAAUUGGGUAAAAUGCAAAUGGUGUCCAUGAUCGAAACGGAGAAGCAACUCGUCCGCAAAAAUAUCGUAGUCCGACCCGGGUCGCAGCGCCACACCCACAGUUGGGUCUUUUUCCACUCGACACCCGAAGCCGUUCGAAUCAGCAACAGUUCACUCUACGGAGUCUACACGGCCCUGCAAUUGACUAAAAAAUAUCAAAUCAAACCGGAGCAGGUCGAAUGCGCUUUGAACCGAUUCGAACUGAAGGACACGAUCAUAGCCGACAUGUGUCCUACCCAUCCGGACUGCGAUCACAAGACGAUCAAUUCCCCGUUUCGAACGAUUACGGGCAUUUGCAACAACAUUCAUCCACCUGGCCACGUUCCUUGGGGUUUACCGAAAACCCAAUACCAACGGGCCCUCGCCCCAAAUUACGCCGACGGUGUCUGGAUGCCCCGGCGAGCUAAAAAUGGUGGCCAACUUCCCCUGCCCCGUUUGCUGUCGCUGCUGCUGGUUCGCGACCUCGACGUUCCCAGCGACACGGACACCACAUUCGUCAUGCAGUACGGCCAGUUUGUCGAUCACGACAUGCUGGAAACCAUGGAAUCUAAAUCAGCGAACGGAUCGGCCGUGCCUUGUUGCACGGAAGAUGGUGAAUUCCUCGAAGAGACCGACCUUAGUCACGGCAAGUGUAUCCCCAUCGAAAUUCCCAAGGACGACCCGUUUUACUCCAAGUUUCGCCAACGCUGCAUGCAAUUUGCCCGUUCCGCUCCCGCGUGCAGAACUGACGGCCGCCUCGGACAUGUAGAGCAGAUGAAUCAAAACACUCACUUUCUGGAUCUCUCGGGCCUUUAUGGCUCCGACGAUCAAGUGGCCGGCGAGUUGAGGACGUUUGAGAAAGGCGCCCUCAAGGUGUUUGCUCGCAAAGGCUACCACCAGUACGACAUGGACUUGCACCCGCCCGACAACGACACGGACGUCGAUUGCGCCUUGUCCAAAGCCGUGACCGGAAUCCAUCCGCCUCCCGAAAUCAAAUGCUUCAAAGCAGGUGAUAACCGAGUCAACGUCAGUCCCUACAUGGUCGCCUCGCAAACGGUUUUCCUGCGGGAACACAACGGAGUUGCCGAACUGCUGAUGGAACUCAAUCCGCACUGGAGCGACGAGCGUCUCUACCAGGAGGCCAGACGCAUUCUUAUCGCCCAAAUGCAGCACAUCACCUACAACGAAUUUCUACCGAUUCUCAUCGGACGGGACAAGAUGCAGGAGCUCGGCCUCUUGCCACUCCAGCACGGGUUCAGCCGCGAUUACGACGAAACUGUCAAUCCGUCCGUUUUGAACGAAUUUGCCGCCGCCGCUUUCCGUUUCGGCCAUUCCUUGGUUCCCGGAAAACAAGACCUCAUCAACCAGCGAAGAGUGAAGGAGCGAGAUAUUUUGUUGCGCCAACACUUUUUCAAGACGACAGAGACGUACACGCCCGGCAAUUUGGACAAGUUUCUCAUCGCCUUGGCAACGGUGCCCGGCCAAAGGGUCGACACCUAUUUCACCGAAGAGAUGACCAAUCACUUGUUUGAAGAGGAGGGCAAAGGAUUCGGCAUGGAUAUAGUGUCGCUCAACAUUCAGCGCGGUCGUGAUCAUGGUUUGCCUGGAUACAAUUCUUACCGCCAACUUUGCGGACUCUCCCGUGCCAGAGAUUUCCGCGACCUUCUCGAUGUGAUUCCUCCUAGGAUUGUCGAGAAAUUCGAGUCCAUGUACGACUCUGUGGACGAUGUUGAUUUGUUCAUUGCCGGUGUGUCAGAGCGGCCGACCAAAGGCGCCAUGAUAGGCCCCACUUUCCAGUGUAUCAUCGCCGACCAGUUUUUGAGGUUGAAACGGGGUGAUCGCUACUUUUACGAUCUCGGCGGUCAGUCCGGCUCGUUCACCGAAGAACAAUUGGACGAAAUCCGGAAAACCAGUUACUCGCGCAUCGUCUGUGACAACAGCUUCGUCCAGUUUAUCCAACCUCUUUUCUUCAAAGCCGAAUCUGAACUGAAUCCCAUCGUCAGUUGCGAGUCCUUCGACUCCAUUCCUCGUAUGAAUCUCUACCCGUGGAAAGAGAUUGACAAUUCGGCCAAUUCCGACUGGCAAAUCGCCGAGGACGGCGUCAAAUGGGCGCAGAAUUGCGACUUUGAGGGCCACGACAUUGACGCCCCUUUGAAUCUCAUCGAUGGUGGCCAGUGCGGAAGGAUAUGCAUCGACACACCCGGCUGCAACGCCUUCUGGUCCAAAGGCGGAUCCUGUUCUAUCAAGAGCAUCCCGGAAGGCUUCCGUCGGACGCAUUUCAUUGGCGGCGUUUGUGGAAUUAUUCCGUGGAAAUUCUAAUU